AUGGAGCGAGCAAAAGGCGACUAUACAUCUCUCAUCCAAAAUAUCUACUCCAAAGCCUACCCAGACCACAAACUACUCUCCCUCGAGAAGCUCGAGAAACAGGGAUACGCGAGCACGACGUACUUCGUCUCACUCGCGCCACCCUCUAACUUCACUGCGAAUCCGUCCACGGAUCAGAUCCCAAUCUCAAGUCCCAACAGCUUGAAUUCGCUUAAUUUUACCAACGGGCCCACGACAGGAUCCACACGCGAAUCAGUCGAUCCGUCCAACUUAAAACUCGAUCUCAUCGUCCAAAUUCGUCCUCGUACAUCACCCAUCCCACUCCUUUCCUUCGAAAGCGUCGUCCGUCCGCUCCUGGGCCCGUACGAACUCGUACCUUCCAUCAGACUACUACACCCCACUCCCAUCUCCACUACAAUCGUCCCUUCGCCCGUCUCCGAGAACACUAGUACAGCGAGAGACGGAUCAAAGUCACAAUUCGAGGAGGUAUGGGUGUACGAGAUGACUCGACUCCCGGGCGUAUCUCUGAGCGAAAUCAUUCGCGAUCCGGGGUACGCACCGGGGUGUAUACCAGACGUGGCUGUUGGGAUCGGGGAAUUGCUGGGUCGGAGUCGCAUCGCCAGAACCAAAGAGGACGAAGGGGUGAUUGCGACGGUUGGGUUCGCACAGAUGGAGGAGCAGUUGAUGAUGGCGGUGAACAGUACAAAUCCGAAGAUCAUGCCGUACGAGGAGGUAUACCAGGGAUUAUUGGAGGAAGUACGAGUGUUCUGGAGUGAGUCAGAAUCCGAAUCCGAAUCCGAAUCGGACGAAGUGCGGGGACGGGCAGUAUGGAUGGAGGUAUCGAACGACGAUGUUUCGCCUACCAAUAUCAUAGUCCAAGUCCAAACCAACCCUGACACCGGCGAUAAAAUCACCCCGAACGAGAAUCAGAACCAGAACCACAAAGUAACGGUCUCAGGACUCGUAGACUGGCAAUUCGUCCUCCUCAAACCGCUCGGCUACUCCGCCCACGCGCUCUUCUGGCUCAUAGGCUGGGGCAUCGGGUAUAAAUACGUGUUGCACCCGAAUGCGAGGGAGAUCGAGAGGGCGUUUUGGAGGGGAUAUGUUCGUGGUUUGGAGGUCGUUCCGGAUGUACCGGGAUCGGACGCUGUUCCUCCGGGAGGUGAAGGAAGUUCUGGAGAGGCGGGGGGAGAUGGAAGGUCUAGAGAGGUCAUAUUGACGAAGGCGAAGGCGAAGACUCGGAGGGAGGAUGUGGAGUUGAUAGUGAGGGUGGGAGGGGCGUUGAGCGCUUGUGCGGAUGGGGCGUGGAAUUGUAUGUUUGGAGAGGUGGGGACGAUGGCGCGGUAUAGGAUUCGGGAGGAGGAUUGGAGUGCGAGUGCGGUUUAG